UAACAACGCUUCCAGUAAGACCCGCCCCUCGGAAGAGGAUUGACGUCAGGAUUCUCCGCCUUGCUACUUCCUCUUUCACAGUGGCCGUCAGCGAGAGACACCAUGAAGGCGUCUGGCACACUUCGGGAGUAUAAGGUUGUUGGGCGUCUCUUGCCCUCUGCUAAAAACCCCGCACCCCCUCUGUACCGCAUGAGGAUCUUCGCCCCAAACCAUGUGGUGGCCAAGUCUCGCUUCUGGUACUUCGUCUCCCAGCUGAGGAAGAUGAAGAAAGCAUCCGGAGAGAUUGUCUACUGCGGCCUGGUCCAUGAGAAAUCGCCCCUCAAGGUGAAAAACUUUGGCAUCUGGCUGCGUUACGACUCUCGCAGUGGAACCCACAACAUGUACCGCGAGUACAGAGACCUGACCACGUCUGGAGCCGUCACUCAGUGCUAUCGUGAUAUGGGUGCCAGGCAUCGCGCCCGUGCUCAUGCCAUCCAGAUCAUGAAGGUGCAGAUCAUCGCCGCCAACAAAUGCCGCAGACCCGCUAUCAAGCAGUUCCACGACUCCAAGAUCAAGUUCCCUCUUCCUCACAGGGUUCUGCGCCGCCAGCACAAGCCCCGUUUCACCACCAAGAGACCAAACACUUUCUUUUAAAGUGUAUGUUUGUGCUUUUCGCAUUACAGAAGAAUAAAAGUGGAGAAUGUCCAAG